AUGGCGCUAAUUUGGGGCUCCGGGGGCAUUUCGAGCUUUCUGCCGGCCAACCCCAACUUCCCCAUCAGGAGCUUCCCGCUGAUCGCCAACGUGGCUGCGGAGACCUCCGUCCGCUUGUUGUGGAUGUUCGGCUUUUGGAGCGUCAUGGGCUGGUGUGCUGCAGUCAUCGUGACUGUCAUCAUCGGCGCGGAGGGCCUUGCACAGAUUCCUGAGAUUCAGGAUCCUCUGUUGCAAGCCAUCGUGGCAGGCUCCUCGCAGCCGCAAACGGCCGAGCAAUUGGUGAGCGGACUGGGUGGGUCUCUGCUGGUGAUCAACCUGAUUCCUCUGCGGCUCUUGUAUUGGGGCCCUGGCAUCAUUUGGAAGCUGCUGGUCGUUGAGAACACGCGAAUGAACGCAGGCGGCUUGCUGAUCUUGGUCUAUUGCUCCCUGUGCAUCGUUUGGAUCUGGCCGAUGGUGGUGGGCACCUUCAUCUCCGCGCUGCGGGAGGGCCAGACCACCGACAUGCGCCGAAAAGUGGCGGCCGCGCGUGAAGCCGCGGAGAUUUCAGUGGUGGACCUCAUCGACAUGUUCGAGGAUUUGGUGCAAGACAGCACGGAGCGCUUCAUCUCGCUGGAUGACUUCCGAGAUCUCCACACCCAAUGUCCCGCCAUCAGCAGCUUGCUGGGAGGGGGCAGCAAGCUGAACUUCACCGAGAUCAUCUUCCGGGACAUGGACGUCAUGGGCCACCACUUCCUCACGCUCCCGGACUUCGUGCUGGGCUUUCUGAAGCUCAUCCGCGUGAUGCCGCAGGCUGAGUUCAUGCACAUGGACGAGCAGCAACGCAGGGCACAUCUGCCGGGCUUUGGUGUUGAGCCAUUCGCGGACAUGAGGGUGAUCUAA